AUGUCUAUUCAAACUAAAGAUACUCAGGAUUCGUCAUUCAAAUCAUUAUCUUUAAUUGCGACCCAUUCGCACAUUGUGGGUCUUGGGUUGGACGAGAAUUUGCAUCCAAAACCAACUUCCCAAGGUAUGGUGGGCCAGUUGCAAGCGCGUAGGGCAGCGGGAGUGAUUCUAAAGAUGGUGCAGAAUGGGUCUAUUGCUGGAAGAGCUAUCUUAAUUGCAGGUCCUCCAUCGACUGGUAAGACGGCAUUGGCAAUGGGGUUGUCACAAUCUCUAGGAGCAGAUGUGCCAUUCACGGCUAUUGCGGGUUCGGAAAUCUUCUCAUUGGAGCUUUCCAAGACGGAGGCUUUAACACAGGCAUUCCGCAAGUCUAUUGGGAUUAAUGUUAAGGAGGAGACGGAAUUGAUCGAGGGUGAAGUGGUUGAGAUCCAGAUUGAUAGAUCUAUUACCGGUGGCUAUAAACAAGGCAAAUUGACGAUCAAGACGACAGAUAUGGAGACGAUCUAUGAGUUGGGUAACAAGAUGAUUGAUGGGUUAACGAAGGAGAAGGUUUUGGCGGGGGACGUAAUUUCUAUCGAUAAAUCUAGCGGAAAGAUUACCAAGCUCGGCCGUUCGUUUGCGAGGUCACGUGAUUAUGAUGCCAUGGGCGCGGAUACUAAGUUUGUCCAGUGUCCGGAGGGAGAAUUACAAAGAAGGAAGUCAGUUGUGCAUACCAUAUCACUGCAUGAGAUUGAUGUGAUCAACUCUCGUACGCAGGGUUUUCUUGCGUUGUUCACUGGUGACACAGGUGAAAUCAGGUCUGAAGUUCGUGACCAAAUAAAUACCAAGGUCGCUGAGUGGAAAGAAGAGGGCAAGGCGGAGAUUGUACCAGGUGUUUUGUUUAUAGAUGAAGUUCACAUGCUUGACAUUGAAUGUUUUUCAUUCAUAAACCGUGCUCUAGAAGACGAAUUUGCCCCUAUAGUAAUAAUGGCCACUAAUCGUGGUAUUUCCAAAACUCGUGGAACCAACUACAAGUCCCCACAUGGAUUGCCUCUUGACCUAUUGGACAGGUCUAUUAUUAUAACCACUAAAAACUAUAAUGAACAAGAAAUCAAAACUAUAUUGUCGAUUAGAGCACAAGAAGAAGAAGUGGAGGUGUCAGCCGAAGCCCUAGACUUAUUGACAAAAAUCGGCAGCGAAACUUCUCUUCGUUACAGCAGCAACUUGAUAUCGGUAUCGCAGCAAAUUGCACUAAAGAGAAAAUCCAAUGUAGUAGAUGUCCAGGAUAUUCAGCGCGCAUACUUGUUGUUCUUGGACAGUGCCCGCUCGGUAAAAUUUUUGCAAGAGUUCGAAUCCCAAUAUAUUGACGACCAGGGCAAAGUCGAUAUAUCUGUGCCAAUCCAUGACGCUAUGGAUACAACUACAUGA